AUGCUAACAUUGCGGCAGCGCCGGCUCAUCAAACAACAUUUUCUUUACCUCCUCAACAAGUCUUCCCUCCCCCUCCUCAAGCAUUCCCUCCGCCUCCCCAGGCCUCUCCCCCCACCCUCGCAACCAUCACCUGCUUCACAGGUCUCCGCAAACGCACCCCCGCAGAACUUCAGUUACCCUCCUCCACCCAGGUCCCAACCAACAAACAAUGUAUUCCCGGGACCACCCCCAUCCGUUAGCCCUCCAGUCCAGAGUCCACCACCAGAGAAUCAGUAUCCCCAAGAUAAGCCGCCAUUCUACCACCAACCGAGUGCGGCUGCUUUUCAGCAACCCGUGGCCAGUAUCAGUAGAUCUGAAUCUCAGUCCUCCUCACUGAAUCGAAUGGACAAGAUACCUGGAGGGGCGCCUUCGUACGGAGACUUCAAAGGAACAACCGCAACACACGACGACAAUGUCGGUACAUUCAACGGAGGGAGUUACAGAAUCAGUCACCGGGAUUCAAACUCUCUCUUGACAAUCCAACUAGCCAUGGGCGCGCCAUUGGUAGCAAAGCCAGGCGCUAUGCUGGCAAUGUCUCCUACAAUGACCCUCCGAGGUGAAGUCCAUUUCACAAUGAAAAAACUGCUAGCCGGAGGCAAAAUGGGCAUGUCAACCUUCACAGGACCUGGGGAACUCCUCUUAGCCCCCUCCGUCCUGGGCGACCUAAUGGUCCUCCCCAUCCGCCCAGAAAAUGAAUGGAUGAUCGGUAGAGACGCCUUCCUAGCGCAUUCAUCAGCCGUCAAUCACGAAUAUGUAACCCAGGGCCUGACAAAAGCAAUGUUCUCCGGGGAGGGAUUGUUUGUAUACAAAAUCACCGGAACAGGACUACUUUGGAUCCAGAGUUUCGGCGCGAUUGUCAAGAAAGAACUGGUGGAGGGAGAGAAAUACUUCGUUGACAAUGGGUAUCUCGUUGCGUGGAAUUGCGAUUAUACACUUGAGCGUGUUGCCUCUGGUGGAAUUUUGUCUGCUUAUUCUUCCCAUGAGGGUCUUGCUUGUAAGUUCAAGGGGCCUGGAACUGUUUAUUUCCAAACUAGGAACUUGAAUACCUUUGCUAUGCAGAUGAAGAUGAGCACGGCGAGUGGGUGA